CUCUACAGUCAAAUGUUCGAGAACGCGUCACUACGAUAGUCAAGUGAAAUGUCAAAAUUAUAAACGUGAGCACGUAUCAUAGUCCGACAGUAUUAACUAACAAGUAAAUUCUGUUACACGUCUAAACUGAAUAUGUUCAUUUUAGAUUAAUUUGUGAGUGAUUUGGCGUCAUGCCCAUUAAACAUGUAACGGCUUUGUUUUCCAACUGAAGAAAAAUAAGAAAAUAGUACUAAGAAAGUUCUCUCCAGCAACAAAUUUGGGCAGUGAUGCCCAGCUGAUGCGUUUUAACAUAUUUGACAGUUGAAAUUGCGUAAUUGUUGCUAGUACUUUCUUAUGAGCGUUUUUACGCAAUUUAUCUGAAUUGCCGUACAGGAUGGCGGAUUUGGAUGACUUAUUUCAUUUAGAUCAAUACGUAGGUCCUGAAUCUCUUGCUGAACUUUGUUUCCAAGUGAUCUGCAAAAAUUUAGACAUCAUCUCGACAAAGGACCGGCGUGGUUAUCGAAAUCUUUUAAAAGGAUUAAUUCUCCCAAGAGAAAUAUGCGAUAAACUUAUUAAAUACGUUUUACGAAAUGAUCCACGAGAAGAGCAUGAUUAUUUCAUUACAAUUUUUAAAAAUGUAUUGUUAACCAAACUUAAACGUGUUAGAAUUGUGAGGUCUACUAUUACUGAUCAAUCAGUACAGAUUCUUACAAAUCAUAAGCUUGUUGAAUUAGAACUUACUGAUUGUCCCCACCUAACAGAGUGUUCUAUCGAAUAUAUCAAUGCAAAUGCAGAGUGUUUGCAAAGCUUGACCUGCCAUGGAAAUUCUACACUUUUACAGAAUGGACAUAAAGUUUAUCAGAAACGAGGAUAUGUAUUUAAACUACCAAAUUUACGUUCUUUGGCUUUAAAAUGUGUUACACUUUCUGCGUCAGAAUAUAAUAUCCUUCUGGCAGGAUUAACAAAUUUGAAAAAUUUGGAUUUAUCUAAUAGUAUUAACGUAAAUGAUUUUGAAUUUUAUCACUUGAUACCUAAUUUAGUAUCUUUAGUUUUAUAUAAUGUUUAUAUUACGCCAGAAGGUUUAGCAAACAUUUGUAAUUUAAAAAAUUUAAGGCAUUUGGAUAUAUCUAAAUCUAAUCCAGAUCGGCAUAUAUAUGAGAAUCCAAAUACAGUCUUAGCAGACCUUGUAAAUGGGUUGCCACAGUUAACUUCUUUAGAUAUUAGUGGUACAAAUUUAGCAGGAGUACAAAUAAUGAAUUGUGGAAUACAAGCAGUUAAAUAUUCUUACUACUCUGAAUUUGAUGAUGCAACUAAUGAUCUUUGUGAUAUACCUGGACUUGCUUCCAGAAUAAAUAGACCUCUACAAUUUUUAGGUCUUUAUGAAACAAGUGAUGGGGCUUGUAGGCGACGUAAUAUUCCAGCAAAAUUGAUUGCAGGAAAUGCAAAUGAAGAUCAAAUACUACUUGCAGCUCAUGUUUGUAUGAAUAAUAAGCAGGACUUGUUAAAACAAGUAUUGAAUGAUCUUUAUCAUGUGCAUAGAUAUGAGAAUUGUCAUAGAAUGGAUCAAGCACUUUGUGCAAUAUUAGAAGCCAUGGAGAAACAUCCUCUUCAAAACCUUAUUCAAAUAUCUGGAAGUGCAACACUAUUUUACAUUGUGAAAAUGAAGGAAAAAGGAGAACUUGAGCAACGCUUAAAAGAACGAAUUGUUCGUACACUGCUCGUUGGUAUGAGUAAUCACAGAAAUGAGGAAACUAUGAUGCGUAACGGUUGUUUGACGCUGUGUCAAUUUCAGUUACCGCAGGACGUAAUGUCAAAUUAUAAAGCUUUGGUCGAACUGCUUUUACAUUCGGCUAAGCAUGCGGCACAAGAAAGUUACGUGCAACGUAUUGGUAUAUUUCUUUUAAAUACUUUGGCAUGCCGAGUAACAGGAAGGGAGAAACGUUUAUUAGGCAGUUUAGGUUGUAUCAAGACAAUGCUUGAAUUAAUAAAGUAUAGGGUAGAAUCUCGUAGAUUUGAUGACGUUUUAGAAGUAGCUUGGUCAACCAUGUGGAAUGUAACUGAUGAAACUCCUAUAAACUGUCAAAGAUUUUUUGACGAAAAUGGUAUGGUUCUGUUCCUUAGAUGUGUAGAGCAAUAUCCUCAACAAGAAGAAUUGUUAAAAAAUAUGAUGGGAUUACUUGGUAAUGUUGCUGAAGUAGAACAUCUUAGAGUGCAUUUAAUGCAACAACAGUACAUGAACGUCUUUGUAAAUCUACUCCUUACUGUUGGCGAUGGCAUUGAGGUACCGUAUAAUGCUGUUGGUAUAUUGGCUCAUAUAGCAUCGGAUGGUUCUGAAGCAUGGACAAUCGAAAAACCUAGUCGAAAUGAGGUGCUUGAACUUAUGGUUGAAGCUAUUGAACGAUGGGAUAUAUCUUCAGAACGCAAUAUAAAUUAUCGCUCGUUUUUACCAUUACUACGUUUGCUAGAUAUAUAUCAUACACCUCAAUGUCAGCAUUGGGCAGUUUGGGCACUUGCUAACCUAACAACUGUUUAUCCUCAUAAAUAUUGCAUAUUAGUUAUGCGAGAAGAUGGUCUUGAAAAAUUGGAUACUUUAACGUCAGAUCCAAGACCAUACGAGCGUAUAAAGAAACUAGCCCACAUUGUAGUUGAAAAUUGCUGUCGUUAUACACUAGACAUUAGUAGUAACACUAGCGAUAUGAACGCUCGCUCACUUAUAGAUGGGGAUUAUAAUUUGGACGAUUGAAAAUAAUUGUUAUUAUUAUGAUUCAAACUUAACAUCGUCAAAAGUAGGAUAUUUUAUAAGUAUAAUAAAGUCUUCUAAGUAACAGUGUAAGUAAGAUUAUAACAAUAUUAUAAAAUGUGCGUUUAUUUGCCAAAUUGUAAAUUUCAGGUUAAAUGCUCAAAGAGUCUUACUCACAUUUUCAUAUAAAAAUUUCAUUACAUAGUUUGUUUGUUACAUAUUCUAAAAUAUUUCUAAAA